UAAUCAUCCUCGUAAGAACUCUGAAAGGUGAAUUUCAACUGAGAUCAUCUAUAUCAUUGUGUCCACAAGGUGGCACCUAGUGCUUGGUUGGUCCUCAACACCAUUUCCCUUUACCCAGAACAGGGUGCCUGUGGUCUUUCUGUAGUUUCUGAGUGUGUAGACUCCCUUGAUCUUCUCCACCCUUUUUUGCAGUGGGUAGUCCUCCUUCAGGAAGAGUCCUGCUUGUCUCUGUGCCCAGUGUGAAUCCAGGAAUUUAUACAGAAAGAAACAAAAGGGCUCUGCUCUCUUCAAGUCCUGGAUGCUUUUUUCUCCAAAGUGCUUCCCUGUAGGGUAGUAAAGUAGAUACAACUUCCUGUUGGAGAUUCAAGGUACAUGUCUUCCUGUUUGGAGUAAUUGACUAUGAGUGUUGUAGGGCAUGAGAGCUCCCUAUACAUGCCUUCCCCAACUCCAAUUUUAGUUGAGGUUUCCUUUAUUAAUUUUCACAUUGGCCAAAUGGGGCCUUUAGAGACUUUAGUCCAGCCUGCCUUUCUACUUCCUGGAUGUGGGAAGAGGGCCCAGCACCUUUUCAUCUUAGUAUUUAAUCAUCUUAUCCAUUCAAUGUCAGCAUCUUUUCCUCGUUCAGUUGACAGCACAUCGUCACCUUUUAGGCAAGAUGUCUAUAGAGGAAGUCUGAUUCUUUCCAGCCUCCUUUGUUUAAUCACUUUCUUCCUUCCAAAAUGAAAUGGUUUGCUAUCCAUUUGUUUUUUAUUCCUUUAGGAGCGUAUGUUUACAUUCUUGUUUUUCCAAAUUGAACUAUGUAGGCAGAAUGAGUAGGCACAAAGCUAUCAGUUCAUCCUGCAAACUACCAGAGUAAUCUUCCUAAAACAUGGUUGGAAGGUCAUUCACUUCUCUAGCCUUAUUUACACCUCCCCAAAGUACAGGAUGAAGUCCUCCAAUAUCUGGUACCAAUGUACCCUUUCAGUCCUUCAGUUUUACCGUAUGUGUAUCUUGUGCUAUAUCUUUCUCUUCAUACUCAGAACUUUCCUGAAUUCUGGGCUUUGUGCCAGAGACGUUUAUGGCCACGAAAUUCAGCUGUUUAUUAAACAAAUGUAUAAUGAGCACCACUGCUCUCCCUAAAUUCUACCUCUUCAGAGACCAAACUCAUUUCCCACAUGCCGCAUCAAUCUGGAAAGUCAUUAGGAGGAGGUACUUUGUUUUACUCAUUUUGGCAAUCUUGAGAUUCCACCUGCUACCCCAGUAGUUUGUUCAAUAAAGUCAGUAUCCUUAAGACAGAGUAGAACUCAAUGAAGGUUUACUGCAGUUGUUUAUUUUCCUCAGAUAAAAUCAUCUUCCUCAAAAUGUCUUACUGCCUAUGUUAUCUUGUGAUUUCCUGUCCCAUUAUUUGUCUUUAUUCCCUGUAAAUUUUGGGGUAGUACUUUGCCCAUAGUAGGUGCUUUAAAAUACUGAUUAAUGGGUUGGAGAGAUAGAUGUGUAUGUCAUAAACUGAGGUAAGAGAUGUAGCAAAUGGCAUAUCCUCCUGCCCCAAGUUCCCCUGGGCUAUGACAUGGAGCUGGUGACUCCACGCCACAACACUUACACAGAAGUGGGGAUGGACCAAUGGGGUGGGUGCUGGCUGGUUCCAUCAGCAAUUAUCCUUUUCAAUAUGCCUUUCCCAGACAUGCUUAUAUCAUUGUUAUUAUUAGUUGUGAAUUUAUAUGCUCACUAGACUAUAAACUCCAUUCAGAGCAUGAACCAUGACCUAUUUCUGUGACACGGCCUCUCCUAACUAACUAGCACUAUGCUUUGUACAUUGAACAAAUGUCAUGUAAAAACAAAGUGUAGAGAGAUAUGUAGGUGACCGAAUCUGAGAAGAUACCAGCUCAGGUGGAUUCUUGAGUUAGCAAACAAAUUAGGAUGGUGGGAGGGAAGAGUGCUAAGUUCAGUUGCGUGAAUAAAGGCCCUGUCAGCCCCGCGUUUAAAUCUGUCCCUCUCCUUACUAGCAGUAUCCCUUUGAGUUCUUUCUUCAUCAGUGGAACUGGGAUAACCAGCAGCUCACACAACAGGGGCAAAGAAUAAAUGAUAAAAUGUGGAAUAUGUUGGGUACGGUGCCUGCUCACAGAAAACACCAAUGUUAGUUCACUUCUCAAAAGAGCAACAAAGAAAUUUCUUAUUAUCCAAAGCAAAGGCUCUUCUUAAGAAAGGCAUGAAAAGGAACCCAGAGGCAUCUCAGCCCUCGUUAGCCGGAGUGGCUGCCUCGUUCAAAUCUUUCUCUCCCUCAGCUAGGCAGCACUUGCUGGAGAACAUGGGCCAGUUGCUGAUCCCAAGCCACGUCGCUGCUUCCCACCUCAGAACUCAGUCACCCAACACCAGGGAGCCAGCUUCCUGCCCUUACGCUUCCGUCGGCUUCGUUCAAACAAGCAUUCCCCAGCAUCCAAUCAGAACGAUCGAUCUUCGGCCACCGCCCAAUGAGCGCAUGUAAUAGGGGGAAAAAGGGCGUGAAGCCCAAUCGCAGAGCCAUCGUACUUGAGGGCAAAGAGGGUAGGAAGCCGGCAUGGCGCUCCGGUCAAUAAAAUCGAUAGCUGGAAGCUGCCUGUGUUCCAGGCCAAGGCGGUACAGUCGCAGCGCCGCCAUUUUCCCCGAAGGCAUCUUCCGGUACCUUUCCCCCAGGUUCGGGCAGGAGUUUCCUGAAUAACAGCGAGAGGUUUUCCGUUGGUCCCAGAGGCGACCGAUUCCGAUUCCCUCCGGAUCUCCCCUAGGCAACCUCGGUCCCGGUCCAGCGGGGGCUCCCAAACCCUGGGGUCCGCCAGGGUCCGAGCUGGGACAGGGAAGGCUGUGGCGCCGGCUUCUCGGGUCCAAUGGCGCCGCCUUCGGCUCCGCUCUCCGCACGGGGACCAGGAGAGGCCGGACCGGGUCGGAGAGGGGGAAGGAAGCCGAGGGCGGUGAAGUUCGCAGACGUGGCCGUGUACUUCUCCCCGGAGGAGUGGGGCUGUCUGCGGCCCGCGCAGAGGGCUCUGUACCGGGACGUGAUGCGGGAGACCUACGGCCACCUGGGCGCGCUCGGGUGCGUAGGUCCCAAACCAGCCCUCAUUUCCUGGUUGGAACGAAAUACCGAUGAUUGGGAACUGGCUGCCCUGGAUCCGCAGGAGUGCCCAAAGCGGGUAACAGUCCAAAGAAAAACCAGAACCAGAAAGAAGAAUGGAGAGAAGGAAGUAUUCCCACCUAAGGAGGCACCCCGAAAGGGGAAGAGAGGGCGGAGGCCCAGCAAACCCCGACUAAUCCCCAGACAGACAUCUGGGGGUCCCAUCUGCCCUGACUGUGGUUGUACCUUUCCUGACCACCUGGCCCUGGAAAGCCACAAGUGUGCCCAGAAUCUGAAAAAGCCUUACCCUUGCCCAGACUGUGGGCGCCGCUUUUCCUACCCAUCCCUGCUGGUCAGUCACCGGCGGGCACACUCUGGUGAAUGUCCCUAUGUUUGUGACCAGUGUGGCAAACGUUUCUCCCAGCGUAAGAACCUCUCCCAGCACCAGGUUAUCCACACAGGUGAGAAGCCCUACCAUUGCCCUGACUGUGGCCGCUGCUUCCGUAGAAGCCGGUCCUUGGCCAAUCACCGGACUACGCAUACAGGCGAAAAGCCCCACCAGUGCUCUACCUGUGGGCGUCGCUUUGCGUACCCCUCCCUGCUAGCCAUCCACCAGCGCACACACACAGGAGAAAAGCCCUACACCUGCCUGGAAUGCAGCCGCCGGUUCCGCCAGCGCACCGCUCUAGUCAUUCACCAGCGCAUCCAUACCGGUGAGAAGCCCUACCCGUGUCCGGACUGUGAGCGGCGUUUCUCCUCAUCCUCUCGCCUGGUAAGCCACCGGCGAGUACACUCUGGGGAGCGUCCGUAUGCCUGCGAGCACUGCGAGGCCCGCUUCUCCCAGCGCAGCACACUGCUUCAGCACCAGCUCUUGCACACGGGAGAGAAGCCCUACCCCUGCCCAGACUGUGGACGUGCCUUCCGGCGGAGCGGCUCCCUCGCCAUACAUCGCAGCACACACACUGAGGAGAAGCUGCACGCCUGUGAGGACUGUGGCCGCCGCUUUGCCUACCCCUCGCUCCUGGCCAGUCAUCGGCGUGUUCACUCAGGCGAGCGGCCCUAUGCCUGCAACCUGUGCUCCAAGCGCUUUGCCCAGUGGAGCCACCUGGCCCAGCACCAGCUCUUGCACACUGGGGAGAAGCCUUUCCCCUGCCUUGAGUGUGGCCGUUGUUUCCGCCAGAGGUGGUCCCUGGCGGUCCACAAGUGUAGCCCCACAGUCCAAAACUGUAGCCCUAGAUCUGCUAUGGAGGGGCUCAGUCAGAAAGGCAAUGCCCGUUAGAAUGGGAAGGAUUGUAAGUUCAUUUCAUUUCUUAGAGGGCCUGGAGAAGGGAAGGAGAAGCCCUAGGUUAUAAGGGCAGAUUCAGAACUAAAACCCAGGUCUGUGACACAGACCUGAAUUGAGUAUAUUCUAUCACACUGGCUGCCUUACUAUGUGUAUCUAGAACAGACAGUCGUAUUAGGAGAGGUGACAUCACUUGGUUCUAAAAGAAUUUCUGUGUGUGGUCAUCAGGGCUAAAAGUUUUCCCCAUCUGUUUUAGAGACUGUCUGCCUUUCUACUCUGCACACAGGGAUUACCUGUCCCCUUGCAUGUAGUCAGGAGAAUCUGAUUUAUAGGGGGCAGGAUCUUUCCCUUCUCUGCCUCUUCCUCCAUACUAGGUUUAAAUAAACCUGGUUUAGACCCCUUUUUACAACACUCCUGCCAAGUGGUUUUCUACCCUUUAAAAUCUCCCUUAAUGGGGAGCCCACUACCUCACAAGGCAGGUCAUUUCAUUGUGGGAUAGCUUUGAUCUUUAGGAGGUGGUUAUGUGCCACAUUCUUCCGUAAGCCUUGCCCAGAAUAUGUUUAAUACUCCCUCUAAAUGGUAGCCCUUCAGAUGACUUAAUGACAAGUACUUUGCUGCCAUAUUUUCAGGUUAAACAGCAUAAUUUGGUCAAUUAUUCCUUAAAGACAGGGUUUCAGUUCCACACAUCAUCUCUCUCCAAGCAGGUGCUGGUGUUUCAGUGUUCCUUUUAAAGGGUCAUGUGAAAAUAAGCCGGCACCACGUUGUGCACUAGACACCUCCUUGUGCACUUGUUUGACAGCUCUAGAUUGCAUUGGAUUUGAGGGUGGCAGCACUGUAUCAGAGGUUUAUUGAGUUCCAGACACUUAAAUACCUAAUUUUUUUUUUUUUUUUAACCCACAUGUUGUGCUUCUGCACCCUCGUGUUUGGAAAAUUGGUUCCAGUUGGAUUUUUGCAGUGAGCUUCGGGAAAAGAUUGAUCUUAAGUAGAAGCAGGGUAGUUAUGCCCUUGCAGCAAAAAGUGAAAAUGGGACUGGCUUGUACUUUUUCUGGUGGAUUUGGGUUAUUUCCAGGCAGCAAGUGGUUGGAAAAUCCUUGAGAACUAGGUCUCAUUCCUCCCUGAUUCUCAUCAGAAUAAGGAAACAUUGGCACAGAACCUACCAUGAGUCCUCAGUCAACAUUUUUUUCAUAAAAUGAGGCAAGACCGUUCAAGGAGGGUAGAAAGGUAAUUGAAUACAAAAGCUGGAAGAGUAUACAGUUAUCAAGUUAAGUGUAUGCCUGCCCCGUCUUGUAAGCUCCAGAACGCAGCAGUGUCUUAAUCUUUGAUUCACCUCCGUGGUGCCCACCCCUGAGGAGGUGCUCAGUAAAGCUUUACUGAAUUGAAUGAAUAGGCCUACCACUUUGCCUUGGUUAGCUGCACCAAAUUGGAAUUUCCGAACAUGACUUAUCUCAUUCCAGCAGCUGGAGCGGGUCAUCCUACCCCUGUUGCUUCUUCCUUCAGCUCUUGGGAUCUCAGCCCCAGACUUGAGAACAGCUAGAGAACACAGCUUUUGUAAUUACCUCUGUUCUGGUGUUUAACAACUUACAUUGUAACUUUCUUCUCGGAUGAUGAGCUACCCCAAGGCAGGGGUCAGACCAGAUUGGGUCUCAUUAAAAUGUCUGAUGAAUGAAUUAUGUUCCUUGUGGAAUUACUGUUUAUAAAAUGUAAAUGUAGUCCCUAGACUACAAAUAAUUUUUUAUGGUUUUGAGGGAGACCUGUCCAACCCUCUCAGAGACCUGUUAGAUACCUGCCUAGCCCCCUGUUUUAGACCUGGCUCUUUUCCCUAAUUUUAUCUCCAAGCUGACCCAACUGUUUCCUAGAAAUUUUAUAACUGUCUUUGGGCCUGAUUUUAAUUCAUUAAAACUUGAGAGCUGUUGUGGCCAAGUUCCAGUAUGGGUCUACGGAGGGCAGAAGUGAGAGACAACUUCCUAGGUUUCCUAAAGUACUUCAGUCCCAGGGGCCAUUUGAUGAUGAGCUGUGAUCCUAGCCCUGUAUUCAGUGGGCAAUGCCAGUAUCCUUCCAGUAAGUUCUCCUUUCUGCUUCAGGUAGUUUUAAGUUGAUUUUCUGUUACUUGGAAUAAAAAAAACUAAUACACAGCCCCAAUAUGGAUUAAUCUCCCAUCUGUCUUCACGCUAUGAGCUAUGAAGAAAAACAAUUGCAAUGCUUCUGGGAGGGGCCAGCCACAAUAUCUUUUCUGAUCUCCAUCUUAGUUGAACCUUCAGUAUUAUGUCUUCCGUAUAUAUUGAUCCUUUUCCUUCACUAAGAAAACACAAGGUAUUCAGUAGGAACUCUUUCAACAUUCCACUCCCCACUCUGACUCCUAGCUUAGCAAUGUGAUCACUCCUGUUUACUUGCUUCCAUCCCACCUCAGGGAACUCCCUCAUGUGCAAUGCUCAUUAACAGCUGUGCCUGGAUUUCAACAACUGCCCCCUCAGAGACUUUGAUAAAAUCUAUUAUUUUUUUCUCUCUCCUCUUAGUUUUAUGGUUUCAGAGUUCCUCUCUUGUUUGGAUACACACACCCCAGCCUACGAACGUGCUAAAAUCUGUCUUUAAAAACAAUAAAGAACUUUUCUUCUUCACGCCUA